UAACUAUAGUCCUUUUAAUUUUGACACAUGGGGUAAGAAAUGACAUAUACACUAAGUGGGUGGGCAUGACCUCCAAAUUUCCCUUUAUACCGUGUUCUAAUUCUCAUCUGUGUUAAAGUCACAAUUUUCCACUAACCAUUUUUGGUAGAAAACUACAAAUAUAUUUUGUGAUAACUAUGUUAGAAUUAUGUUGGGAAUUAAAUUAAAAAAUAAAACUGAAUUUAAACUUGAUAAAUGUUCUUCCCUGAAUGUGCAUUUGUUGAUCUUGCAGAAUUUGCUUCUUGCAUCGGAAACAAAUCACCUCAGUCCCAUUCAUGGUAGAAAGACAACAUAAAUGAUCCAGGAUGGCGGACACCGACCUGUUUAUGGAAUGUGAGGAGGAAGAAUUGGAGCCGUGGCAGAAAAUCAGCGACGUGAUCGAGGACUCUGUGGUCGAAGACUACAAUUCAGUGGACAAAACUGCUACAGUUUCAGUAAGCGUGCAGCCCGUUGCCACCCCAAUGCCCAUCGUUGCCCACGCGUCCAUCGGCGGUGGCUUGCCGACGCCCACGUCCGUCAGCGGCAGCAUGCCGCCCAACAGCGACAGUGCCAAGAAGACCCUGGUGACACUCUUUGCGAACAACAGCGCCGGCACACCUCUCGUUCAGCAAGGCGGGCAGCCGCUCAUCCUCACGCAGAACCCAGCCUCGGGUCUAAGUACGGUAGUGACGCAGCCAGUCCUCCGGCCCGUGCAGGUGAUGCAGAAUGCCAACCACGUUACUAAUUCCCCUGUGACCAGCCAGCCCAUCUUCAUCACAACGCAGGGUUUUCCUGUCCGGAACGUCCGGCCUGUGCAAAACACCAUGAAUCAGGUGGGGAUCGUGCUGAAUGUACAACAGGGUCAGACUGUCAGGCCCAUUACCCUUGUCCCAGCCCCAGGCACUCAGUUUGUGAAACCCACUGUCGGCGUCCCUCAGGUCUUCUCCCAAAUGGCCCAGGUGAGACCUAGCCCAGCCAUGCCGGUCCGACCGUCCUCCAACACUUUCACGACGGUCAUUCCGGCCACCCUGACCAUCCGGAGCACGGUCCCGCAGACCCAGGCGCAGCCACAAAGUAAGUCCUCUCCCAGCACCUCCACCACUCCUACGGCAACGCAGCCAAGCGCGCUGGGACCGUUAACGGUACAACAGCCAGGGCAGUCCACUCAAGCUCCCAACCCUAAAUUAGUGAGCAUUGCAAGUUUUGUGACGGUGAAAAGGCCCGGGGUGACCGGAGAGAACAACAACGAGGUGGCCAAGCUGGUGAACACAUUGAACACGGUUCCUUCCCUCGGCCAGAGCUCCGGCCCCAUCGUCCUCUCCAACAACAGCCCGGCUCAUGCCUCCCAGCGGGCAGGUGCCUCCGACUCCUCGUCACAGAAAGUCAGUUCCUCACCCAUCCCCGCCUUCGACUUGCAGGAGAGCGGGCGGAAAGUCUGUCCCCGGUGCAAUGCCCAGUUUCGAGUCACUGAAGCUUUAAGAGGCCAUAUGUGCUACUGCUGUCCUGAGAUGGUGGAAUUCCUGAAAAAAGGAAAACCCCUCGAGUCAGAACCAAAUAUCCAAACCCCGAAGCCUCCUUCCCCGGAGAAAACGGCCGCGGUUGCAUCUCCCCCUUCCUCCACCCCGAUCCCCGCCUUGUCCCCGCCUGCCAAAGUCUCGGAGCCGAGCGACGGCCUGGGCGAUGGGGCGCAGAGCAAGCUCAUCAUGCUCGUGGAUGACUUCUACUACGGCCGGGACAGCGGCAAAGUCAGCCAGCUGAUCAGCUUCCCCAAAGUGCCCACCUCCUUCCGCUGCCCGCACUGCACCAAGAGGCUCAAGAACAACAUCCGGUUUAUGAAUCAUAUGAAGCACCACGUGGAACUGGAUCAGCAGAACGGGGAGGUGGACGUCCACACCAUCUGCCAGCACUGCUACCGGCAGUUCACCACACCUUUCCAACUGCAGUGCCACCUGGAAAAUGUCCACAGCCCCUACGAAUCGACCACAAAAUGCAAGAUCUGCGAGUGGGCUUUUGACAGUGAGCCCAUGUUCCUGCAGCACAUGAAGGACACCCACAAGCCAGGAGAGAUGCCCUACGUCUGCCAGGUCUGCCAGUACCGUUCGUCCCUCUACUCCGAGGUGGACAGCCAUUUCCGGAUGGUCCACGAAGACACGCGGCACCUCCUCUGCCCUUACUGCCUGAAGGUGUUCAAGAACGGCAACGCCUUCCAGCAGCACUUCAUGAGGCAUCAGAAGAAGAGCGUCUACCACUGCAACAAGUGUCGGCUGCAGUUCCUCUUUGCCAAGGACAAAAUCGAGCACAAGCUGCAGCACCACAAGACCUUCCGCAAGCCCAAGCAGCUGGAGGGGCUGAAGCCAGGGACCAAGGUGACCAUCCGGGCCUCCAGGGGACAACCGCGGGCGGUGCCUCUCUCGGCCAGCGACAUGCUCCCCGGCCUCCUGCAGGACCCUGCCUUGCUGUCGGCCUCCUCGGAUUCCCAGCCCAACUUCCCGUACCCGCCUUUCCAGAGGAACGUCCAGAAGAAAGCCGUCAGGAAAAUGAGCGUCCUGGGCCGGCAGACGUGUCUGGAGUGCAGUUUCGAAAUCCCGGAUUUCCCCAACCACUUCCCCACCUAUGUCCACUGUUCCCUCUGCCGCUACAGCACCUGCUGCUCACGCGCCUACGCCAACCACAUGAUCAACAACCACGUUCCUCGCAAGAGUCCGAAAUACUUGGCCUUGUUCAAAAACUACACUGCUUGCGGCGUGCGGCUGGCCUGCUCGGCCUGCGUCUUUGCCACGUCGGAAGGCGAUGCGAUGGCCAAGCACCUGGUGUUCAACCCCUCGCAUGAGUUCAGCAACGUCAUUCUCCGAGGAGCUCCGACUUGGAUUUCCCAUUCAAGGUCUGCUCAGCCUUUUGACCAAAGCGUGAAGGCUGCUAGCACCACGUACCCCGUAAGCGCAGCUGCUCCUGUGGACGUGCCCUCUCCUUUGCCCGAAGACGAGAAGGACGAGGAGGUGCCCACGGAGGAGGCCGAGGUGGAGAAAAGACCUGCCGUGGCGGCCCAGCAGGAAGAGUGCUUGAAUGUCGAUGAGCAGGAAGGGGAGCCUCCGGCCAAGGAGGUGCCUGAGCCAGCCGGUAAAAAGGAACAGCUCUCAGUGAAAAAGCUCCGGGUGGUUCUCUUUGCUCUCUGCUGUAACACCGAGCAGGCAGCGGAACAUUUCAAGAACCCUCCCCGGCGGAUCCGGCGCUGGCUGCGGAGGUUCCAGGCCUUCCAGGAGGAGAACGUGGCCUCUCUGUCCGAGGGCAAGUACCUGAGCUUAGAGGCCGAGGAGAAGCUGGCAGAGUGGGUCCUCACCCAGCGAGAGCAGCAGCUGCCGGUCAACGAGGAGACCCUCUUCCAGAAGGCCACCAAGAUUGGGCGGUCCCUGGAGGGCGGGUUCAAGAUCUCUUAUGAGUGGGCGGUCCGGUUUAUGCUCCGACACAACCUCAGCACGCACAACCGCCGGGCAGUGGCUCACCCGCUCCCGAAGGAAGUGGAGGAGAACGCCAACUGCUUCAUUGAGUUUGUGCAGCGCCAGAUCCACACCCAGGACCUGCCCCUCUCCACCAUCGCCGCCGUCGACGAGAUCUCUCUCUUCCUGGACGUGGAGGUGCUGUUCAGCGACGACCGCAAGGAGAACGCCCUGCAGACGGUGGGGACGGGGGAGCCCUGGUGCGACGUGGUCCUGGCCAUCUUGGCCGACGGCAGCGUCCUGCCCACCCUUGUCGUCUACCGGGGCCGCGUGGAGCAGGUGGCCGGCGUGCCGGAGACGAUCCUUCUGGAGGCGCGGGAGAACGGCUACAGCGACGAUGAGGUCAUGGAGGUGUGGUCGUCCAAAGUGUGGCACAAGCACCUGGGGAGCCAGAACAGCAAGGGCAUGCUGGUCCUGGAUUGCCACCGGACGCACCUGUCCGAAGAGGUCCUCUCGGUGCUGAGCUCCACCAGCACCCUGCCGGCUGUGGUCCCGGCCGGCUGCAGCUCCAAAAUCCAGCCUUUGGACGUUUGCAUCAAAAGGACAGUCAAGAACUUUGUGCACAAAAAGUGGAAAGAGCAGGCCAAGGAGAUGGCCGACUCGGCCUGCGACUCGGACAUCCUCCUCCAGCUGGUCUUGUGCUGGCUGGCCGAGGCCCUCGACGUCAUCCGGGACUGCCCUGAACUGGUGCAGCAGUCUUUCCUGGUGGCCAGCGUCCUGCCCGGGCCUGACGGCACGGCCAACACCUCCGCCCGCAACGCUGACAUGCAGGAGGAGCUGAUGGCCUCCUUGGAGGAGCAGCUCAAGCUGAGCCACGAGUCGCAGGACGAGGAGACCGACCCCCGCGAGGGAGGGACGGCGGAAGAGUCGUCCACCCCGGAGACCCUCCACCAGCUCUUUGAAGGGGAGAGCGAGACGGAAUCGUUCUACGGCUUCGAGGAUGCAGACUUGGAUCUGAUGGAAGUCUGAACCUCCACUAACCCAGAGAGUGCUUUUUCUGUUUUUCUGUUUCUUUUUGUUUUGUUUUUCAAUGUUGAAUGAGACCAUUUUCACUUCCCUGUGGAUUUGUGGGUGUAGGAGUUUAGUAGGUGAACAUGCAGGCUAAUAGCCAUUUCUUUAAAAAAAAAAGUGCUUAAUUUGUUUCUUUUUUUUUGUUUGUUAAAUCACUGUGUUGAUAUUUUCUGGAGAUAUUUUGUGGGUGAAUUUAUUAUUAAUUUUUUUGGCAUUUUUCUUUACCUCAAUGUAUUAUAGUUUCUGGGCUUCAUGUUUUUUCUCUCUCCUUAUUUUGAUUGUUUUAUACGGUGCAAAAAGUUUUUAAUUAUCCUACAUCCUCAAUGUGACCUUUUUUUUAAGUCAAGGAGAAGCCGUAUGUAGCUAAUUAUUGACUAUCUCCAAAUUUCUGUCUCUUUUAAGAAUUUGUUUUAAAGCAGACUUUUUCUUCUUCUUUAACCCCUGGACCCAGAAAUGUAGAUUUCUGGGGGUAACUACAUUUACCCCAUUUUAAAUAAAAAAAAUAACCUUUUUA